UUCGAUGGCAUCUAUGGCCGUGCAGUUGUCACUUCCCCUGCGUUGCAAUCUCUGUGUCGAUGCCAGCUUCGAUCGAUUGCGACUCUUUGUCAUGAAUUCACACGUCUCCCUUCCGAGUUCAUCCUCCGUUUCUUUUCAAUUCUUAUAUUUUUUUGGAGCUCCUGAUCGUGAUUAUUCCAGUGCGAUUUGGUCUUGUGAAGUGUGAGAAUUUGUUUUGCGAGUGUCGGUUGAUUGUUUUCUUGAAAGUGGCGCGAGCGGCGACGUCACCACCUUGUGAAAGCGCUCUACUGAUCUGUGCCAGUGGAACUUGAAUAGAGUAACUCAGCCUUCCAUGGCAUGGCGCAGCAGCCGGGCUCUCUUCUGGCGAGAAUCCAUACCGAGAACCUUGACAAGAGCCCCACUCUUCACCAGAGCUGUAACAACAUACGACACACCUGCGACUACGCACGACACAUUUGACGACGUGCUACAGACGAAGGAUGGCGAGACUCUCUUUGCAGGAUUGAAAACUGCCGAACUUGUAAGGACACUUUUUAAUCUACAUCUGGUUGCAUAUGAGCCGGUGGUGGACUUGAGCCUUAAGGUCCUCACGUCUCCUUUGAUGAAAUAUAGCCUGUUCCAAGUACCUGUAAACCAGGUAGUUAAGGGCACUGCUUACUCUCAUUUUUGUGCUGGAGAGGAUGUUGAAGAAGCCUCCAAGACCUUACAAAGAAUGUGGGAGCUAGGGCUACGCGGCAUUUUGGACUAUAGUUCUGAAGACGCAACAGACAAUGAGUCUUGUGAUAAAAACCUUCAGAAAUUUGUGCACGUUGUCCGUCAGUCUAGUCGUCUUCCUCAAGGAUCAGUGAGCACCUCAUGCGUGAAGAUCUCUGCCAUUUGCCCUAUCCAACUCCUUGAGCGAGUCAGCGAUCUAUUUCGAUGGCAGCAUGUACAUAAGGAAUUCAAACUGCCAUGGAAGCAGGACGUGAUACCCUUUCUGGCCGAGGAAAGCCCCACACAUCACGUCACUUCGCCUCCAGAACCUCUCACGAAAGAAGAAGAAAUAGACUUGACACUUGCUCAUAAGCGUCUGAAAGAUCUUUGCGAGGCGUGUGAACAGGAAGGUUUACCUCUGCUGAUAGACGCUGAAUACUCGUCAGUUCAGCCUGCCAUUGAUUACAUCAUUCAUGCUGCUGCGGCUGAAUUCAACAAGGGCGAUCGGCCUCUAAUUUACGGAACUAUGCAAGCAUAUCUGAAGGAUUCAUUUUCGCGACUUAGCCUUGCAGUGCGGGGUUCUCAUGAGCGGGGACUUUCCUAUGGUGUGAAACUUGUACGCGGAGCUUAUUUAUCUCGAGAAAAUGAAAUGGCAUCAUUUUUGCGGGUUCCUUCUCCAAUUCAUCCAAAUAUUGAAAGUACACACCGUUGCUACAAUUCUUGUGCUGCAUUCAUGCUGGAGCAAGCAGCUACUGGAGAUGGGGCAGUGAUGCUUGCUACUCACAACAUGGAUUCCGGCCGUAUAGCAGCAGCCAAAGCUCUGGAGUUAGGAUUGUCGAGAGACGAUCCUCGAGUGCAAUUUGCCCAGCUAAAGGGCAUGGCUGAUUUGCUAUCUUUGGCAUUAGCACAAGCAGGCUUCAGAGUAGUAAAAUAUCUUCCUUUUGGUCCUGUUUCCGAAGUAAUUCCCUACCUUGUCAGACGCGCGGAAGAGAAUCGUGGUCUUCUUGGCAAUACUAUCCAUGAACGCCAGGCAAUCAGGACGGAGCUUCGAAGACGAUUGCUGCAGUUUUAGAACCUGCUAGGACAUCCGAAUUCAGUCCAGAACUCCAAACAAAUUGACUCAGAACCUGGAGUUUCACUCAACACAUUUCCCACAACCUUCAUUGUCGAGGUUGCUUAUUUUUCACAUUCUUUCUGAAUGUGCGUACAAAGGUUUAUCUGCGCCUUGCGCAAGAGUCGAGUAGACAAUUCUUCCCUCUUAGACUCUUACAUGUACGAAAAUCAAACAAAAAAAGACACAUUUGUAGCCCUUUCUUACUGGUCAAUCCUACAGGACAUGUAUAGUUUACUCUAAGAAACGGCAGAUCCUUCGGCAAAACAGUCUGACAUCUCCCACCAAAAUUCAUUGUUGAUACUCGUAUUCAGCAGUUAGUUGGAUGAAAAAAAUCGUUGAACUCAUCUCAUAUUGGAACAUUGUUUUAUGAUAUAUGUGGAAAGUCAACUACUUCAGAUUUUAUCAUGA